AUGCUUGCGCACAGCAGAACUAAUCUUGCGGCCAAAGCACGUGUCUUUCUGCAAACCUUAGGGCUGCUGGUGUCCUUUCGAGAAGCCCUUAUCGAAUUGUGCCAGUCCGUGGUGAGCAUUCACACCGAUUACGGAACGGAAAGAGGGUUGGCCCGGAUAGCAGAUUACCCGUUGGACACGCUUCUUCCAUAUUUGCACUGCCCUGAGGAGGCAGCGAAUAUCGGUGCUGCAACUUUGGACAAAGGUGAUUUGUUCGAAGAUGGUUCUUUUGAUUCCAAUGCGGGUCGCGAUGUGGAAGUUUUUGCUGUAGAUGCACAGCCCGUGUCCACCAACGUUUCUUUUGAAAGUUCCCUUGAAGGGCCUGACAUGAUGCACAUCAUCCACAAUGCCACCAACAACUUGGGCGAUGUAGUGUCUUCGUACAAUUUUGUGCUUGAUGCUUUGAAGCCAGUAUGCUCCCUUUUGUCAGGGAAGGAGAGCAAGCAGCAGCUCAUUGAGAUGUGUUUCAAUACCCCUGAGACUUUCCCAUAUCAAGACCAGAUAGGUGCCUUCAAUGUCAGUGUCCAUGAAGAACGCUGGAACACCAUUGCCUGUGGCAUUGAAGAGGUGGAUGCUUUAGAGCCUGCGCUGAGAAACCAUUGGAGCCUGUCCCGCUUUCUGGGAAAAGGAGAGGCAGAAUGCUGUGAUCAGAGUGUGCCAGUUCCAAGGCCUUCAGACAAUGCUAGCCCAGAUGCGACUGGCGUUAACCUCAAGGCCGUGGACGACGCUCUAUGCUCUGAUUUAUGGUGGGGUUCGUUGAAAACAUUGAUUCCAAUUGCAAAGAUCCAACGCAAGGCUGUUGAUUUUGUGAAUGGUUGCCCAUGCCAUGCAACUUGUCAUUUGGAUACAAAAGAAAUGGAAGACUUCUGUCGCAGUUGUCCUUUGAGAGGGCGUAGGUGCGCCGAGCUGGCUUCAGGAGAUUUUUUCACAAUGUUGCAAGAACUGUUCGACACAAGCGCUACCCUGCUGGAGCUCCAAUUGCCAAGAGGCUUGUCCCAAGAUGAAGUUAGCCAACUCAUGAAGGACUUUCAAUUGGCAAGGCAGCACCUCAUCAUGACCUACGUGAUGAAACUGAGCUUCUGGCAGGAAGCCCCACAUGUUUUAUGUGGUUUGAGCCAUUGGGAUCCCAAUGUGCGAGUGCGCUGCCUUACCAAAGCACUUGCUUCCAAUUGCAGCCACCCCAAAGUUUUGUGGUUGAAGCGGCCUGAAGCACGGCGAUGUGUUGCAGAGUUCAUUGCCGGUGGUGGGUUGUGGCGGGAUGACAGCCAGCUGGAUCCCUUGAGAGAGUUGGCUCUUGAGUUGAGGCUGAUGUUCACGUCAGCAUGGCGGGUGGAGGGGCAGCAUGCUAGAACAAAGAAGGUUUCGACUCAUGCUCACCAUCAUUCUGCACCAUAUAUCAGCCUUGCUCAUCGUCUGCCCGAGAUCAAAGAACUUUUGCUGACGCGGCCAGAGGUUGCAGGCCAGCUUGCAGAUUUUAUGGGCGAUGUGUCAAACGGAUGCUCUGCUGCAAGACAACUUGGCUUUUCUGAGAAGUUGCUUUGGGAAUGUGGCUGGAUCUCAACAAAGACCUUCGAAAAGAGGAAGGCAGGUUUCAGUGUCAUUUACCAUGAUGAUCCAUAUUGCAAAUACAGCUUGGAGUUGCCUCGAGGUUUGAAACAGAAGCGUGUUUCUGUGCAAGAUUCCGACCUGGCCAGCCCUGACUUGUCUGAUGGAAGCGUUGAGCUCAAGCGAGCGCUAGCUUUGCAGGAUGUGCAGAAAGAAGUGUCCAAUUUUGACCGGGGUACUUUCUUCACCAUGAAGAUGAAUGUUCGGGCGUUGGCAACUCUGCAGUCCAUGCUGUCCCACAAGCGUCAAGCUUUGGAGUUGGAGCCCCAAUCCGCUGUGGAGUGGGAGAUGCAAGCAGGUCAGACGCCACGGGCCGUUGCAGGCCUUUCGGACAAGCUUGGGCUCACAGUUCCUUUGGCUGAUUUGUUGGAAGGUGUGGGAGAUGGGCUGGCCCACGAAUUUGUGGUGGCAUCGGUGUUGCAUGCGCAUCCGAACCGCUUUCACCGCACUCAAGUGGAAGGGGAGUCUUGUUUGUCAGGAGCUUGGGUGGUUCAGCUUCACAGCAUUGUCCAUGUGGAUGUGGGUGGCAAGCAGGUUCUUGCUUCUUUGAGCCCUGUAACUUUGGGGGAUGGGUUCUGCCAGCAUGCGCCUUUUGUUUUGCAGCCACGCCAACUUACAUUGACUGAACUACGCAGCUUGCGUACGUGGGAUGCAGGCGAUGUGGUGCGCCGGUUUGACAACCAGUUCAUGGCUCAAGUUCCCAGGGUUGAUCAGGCUUCUGUGCACACCGUUGUUGAGCUUCUGCUGCGCUCUCCAACGGGCUUGGUCGUGAGGCCAGGUGAGCCACUACAUGAAGAGGCCACUGCUUAUCAGCUUGUGGUUGCUCUUGAGAAAUCUGGCUGGUACCAUGCUGUGAUCACCAACAAGAAGCACAAACUGCUCAAGAAAGAGAAACAUGCUCACGAGAGAGGCGGUAGUGAAAAGAUGUGGUUCACUGUUGAAGGGACGGUGUCUGUAAGCCGCUACUACCUGCUGGCUUUGGCCUAUUUGGUGGGUGUGAUUGCUGGAAAGGACAUCACUGAGGUGCCAUAUGGUGUUCCGGACGCCGCUUACAAGGCUCUGCUAGGCAUGGAGUCUGACAAGAAAACAUUUGAAGGCAGGGGCAUGAAAAGAGCGUUUUUGCAUGUCUCAGAUGACAAUUGGCCAGAACCAAAAAAGCGAGCAGCCACAAGAAAGAAGAAAGCAACUGCUGCUUCAAGUUCCAAAGACAAAGAACUUUGCUUGGAGGAGAAGGCCGCUGAUAGUUGUGAGGGUGAAGGUGAAGGUGAUGACCUUGCUGUGGAGUUGAGCUCUCCAUCUGGCUUGAGCAGUUCAGGUGAAGAAGAGAUUACCGAUUGUAUGGACGACGCACGGGAGGCAGUUUCCCCAAAAAGCAACCCCGCUGUUGAGUCAGAGGUGGCUGCUGCUCCCAGCCGACCUGAGCCAAAGUCAGUCUUCAGAGACGAGUAUGGCUGGAACGUAGACCACAAGAUCACGAAGACGUGUGGCAUAGAUCCUGCUUGUCAAGCUGUCUUGGUGGAGGACCAAACUGCGUGGUGUGAAGCCCAUCAGCAGUAUUGCGUUGUGAACAAGCCUCGUGAAAAGCUGGGUGCCUUAGUCAUCAACAAUGCUGGCAAUUGCUGCCAGGGUUGGAGCUCAGAAGGAAAGCGGGCCCGCAAAGCCCACAAGAGCCAAUACCCGCUUGCCGUGUGGCUUUGUCAACGCAAGCAGCUUGCCUUGGAUGGCCAAGAGGAUUUGUUUUUUCAAGAGUGCACAAGACACUUUGAUGUUGAGUCAUGCCUGGCCGGCCCUUUGAGCAGCAGCCACCAAGUCAUUUCUUUGGUGGUUGGUCCUUCUGAGCUGGGAUGGCCAACUUCGCGGGAUCGAGUUUUGUCUGCAGGCAUUUCUUUGAGGACUUUGGUUUGGGUCGGGCCCACUGACCCUCAGAAGGUUGAGAGAGAGUUCAACUAUUUCUUUCAAAGAAGUUGCCUCCUGUCAGGGGAUGUUUUCUUCCAAGAGGACGAGGCUGUGGUGCAGGAGUGGGUUGACCAGAAGCUUUUGGAAAAAUCACACUUUGGGGCCAAGUUGAGCGGAGAGCGGAUGUGGCGCAAGAUCUUCACUCCAGGGCAAUUGCAACGCCUUGCAGCUUACAGACAGUUGGCUCCUGACCAUGCUGGACUUGAUGGAACUUUCAUAUGCGACCUGGAUCAUUGGCCGCAUUCUCCAGGGCCAGACUACGGGUCCUUCUUUCCGGUGCUGCUCAGGCAUGGUACAAUAGUCAACUUGAACACUAAGAAGAUCGCAAUGCCCAGAGAUAGGUUCUUGGCCCUCGGAUUCCAUGUGUCCGACAAAGUGUCCAAAAAGUUCAGGUGGCCAUUGGCCGACUAUGUACUCAGCCGCAGUGACCGGUGUGUGAAGUCAUUGACCGGAAACUGCCAGUCGCUCCCUUGCCUUUUGGCUUGGUACCUCAAUUUGGAAAGAAGAGAAGUGUGUAAGGUAGAGCGCCCAAUCAAAGUAGAACUGCAACAGAAAGAGGAGAAGAAGAUCAAUGCUCUUCAGUGGCUCGCUGAUGAAUGA